ACUAUUUAAACAGCCUAACCCUAGCCCCUAGCUGUCCCAUCCACCCAUUCCGCACGCCGCUGCCGCCUGGUCACUCCCCUCGGGAUCCCCCCUCGAUCCCGCUGCCUCUGGCAAAAUUCCUCGAUCCAGAUCCACCAACCACGCCGCGCCCCAAUCCAUCCAUUCCAUCCUGCCUCCGACCAUCUUCCUCAACUUCAACGCCACCCAACCGGACUCCACCCAAGCCCAUCGAUCCAACCCUCCUCACUCUCCUCAUCAACCAGGGGGACGAGCUCCACCCGAGACCGGACCCUGGUCGGCCUUGCCGUCAUCGUCGCCUAGCCAGGAGUCCAGGAGGCCACCCGAGCUCGUGGAUGCCCGGCGCCCGAAGCCUCCUGCCCCCCUGUUGAUGCAGCUCCCUCGCCGGAGCAGUAGAUCCCACCUUCCCCAGCCUCUGCUCCCAUGGCGCCCGAGGGCCCCCCCGCUCCCUGCAUCAUCCUCGUCCCUGCUGAGGAAGACCCUGCCGCCGUUGAUGCCCUGCGACGCCUCGUCGCCGUCUUAACCAGCGCCGCUGCUGAGAGCGCCCUCGCGCCUGCUCCGCCGCGCCAUCGCCCGGAUCCGCCUCACCUCCCGCCCUUGCCAAGUCCAUCGUCGCCGGCCCCCUUCAUGCCCCUGGCUGCCGCUGUCUGCAUCGAGCAGGAGCAGCUCGUCGCCCAGUGCCUUGGCGCCCCUACGCCGCCGGAGUCCUCAGCGCCGCCGUGUCCGUUGCUGCCCCUCUUCAUCGAGCCGCCCAAGUCCCAGCAAGCCGCACCCCGUCCGUUGCAUCUUCGCCAUGUCCCUGCUGCCUCUGUCGCGAGGAAGACAAGCGCCGCGCCCUGCUUCCUCUGAAUCGAAAGCGAGCACCCGCUCCAUGCGACAUGUUGACCGCAUUGCUCGCACGGGCCGGCCUCGCCUCGGCCUGCAUCGGCUCCCGAUGGACCUCCACGUUGCCCGCGCCUGGGCCUCCUUGCGCAAGGCCCAGCGCGCUAGCACCCCUCCGCAGGCUGCUCCUUUGACCGGGCCGAAGCCCAUGGGUGAGGCCACCCACAUCCCAGUGACUCUCUUUUUUCCCUUACCUGUUGGGCUAGCCUGCAGUUUCGGCCCAUUAGCAUUUUUUUCCUCACCUGCGAAUUCCCUAAUUACCAGUGCACUGCAUAUUUACAGAUUGGACCCUAUACUACAUGCAUAUACUAACUCACAAUUGGUGCAUCGGAUUAAAAUGAAUUAUAUA